AUGACUGAGGAAAGACAUUUUAUUGUUAUACACAUGAUGACUUCCUUGGAUGGUAAGAUUACUGGUCCAUUCUUUGAUACAGAAGCAGCUGAUAAAGUUAGUCAAGAUUAUGAAUGGACAAAUGCUUCUUACAAGCCUAAUGCAUGGAUUUGUGGACGCAUAACAUUUGAUGAAAACUUUACAAAUUAUGCUGUUCCUGAAUUAAAUCCCAAUGAUACUGAUGUUCCAGAAGGUGAUUUUGUAGUUGAACCAAAUGCUGAAUUAUAUGUUGUUGCUGCCGAUCCAUCAGGGAAACUUGCAUGGCAGAAAAACACACUUCAAUAUGAUGUUCGUCCUCCAGCACAUAUCAUUGAAGCUUUAACUGAAAAAGCAACACCACAAUACAAGAAUUAUCUCAGAAAGCACCAGAUUUCCUAUAUUGUUGCAGGAAAAGAACAGUUGGAUUGGAAAUUACUUGUAAUGAAAUUAAAAGAAAAAUUCAACAUCAACGUCUUGGCCGUUGAAGGUGGCGGUAUCAUUAACUGGUCAUUCCUCAAUGCAGGUAUUGUUGAUGAGCUUUCCAUAUGUCUCACUGCAGCUGCUGAUGGAAGUAAUGAUACCAUAACACUUUUCGAAAAAUCCCCAUAUUUUCCAAAGGGAUCUCCAGUUGAAUUUGAACUUAAAGCGGUAGAUAAAAUUGGUGCUGGUGGUCUUUGGAUCAGAUAUACACCAAAGGGAGCUUCAAAGCGCGAAAGACCAUACCUGGGUCAAUUCGAUUUGGGAAAAACAAACGAUGAUUACGCUAAAUAUUUCAUCGGCCAAAGCUACCUAAGCACACUUUCUACUCAAGGAGCAGCCAUUUACAAUGUUACAUUCGAACCUGGAUGCAGAAACAAUUGGCAUAUUCAUCACGGUGCCCCACAGACAUUACUCUGCACAAGUGGAUUUGGAUGGUACCAAGAGGAAGGUAAGAAAGCUAUUCCGCUUAAGCCAGGUGAUGUAGUUGAUAUUCCACCAGAAGUCAAGCAUUGGCAUGGUGCAAGAAAAGAUACAUGGUUUUCCCAUAUCUCUGUUCAACCAUAUGCCCAAAAUACAUCAACAGAGUGGCUUGAGCCAGUUGAUACUGAAUAUUAUAACAAGAUUAUUCUUGAAUAA